ACUCCUCGAGAUGAAGUAGUGCGCAAUGGCAAGACGACUUAUGCGAUGACGAAAUUUAAUAAAGCUCUUCACAGAUGGUGGACUGCUGUUAUAAAUACUUGACUUUUUAGUGCCACUACGGAGUAUUAAAACAACAACUUAUUAAGCGUUAUAAAAUCUGUGGAAAUAUAUUUUGUUUUGCGCUUUUUUCCGACAUCCGGAAACAUUAAAAUACAUUUAUUUAACGUAUAAUGGGCAAAUUUCACAAAGAGAGACUUUUUGUGUCUAAAAUUCCAAUAUAUCUGUUACUGAUGGUAAUACUAACAGAGAUGUAUCAUACGUUGGCUGAAAAACAGACAGACAAACAAGACACAAAUACACACAAAAGACGUAGAAGACAGGCAGGUGAUUUCAUUCUGAUGAAUUACAAAGCACAAAAAGCCCUUAAAGGGACAACGCAACCUUCAGAAUUUUUCAGACGAAUAGGCAAGAAAAGGGCAGGACCUGUCAGUCUUAACAGAAAUCUGUUAAUCCGACCCGAUGACUACGGUGGUGGCUUGUACAUAGAUGACGAAUACGUCGAAAACUGGUGACAGCGAAAUUCUAAUGAAAUACCAUCAAAGAAAAGUGUCUAUAUAUAAAGAUGGUGUCAGCUGAAAAACAUUUCUGUCGUGUUUUUGAAAUUCAAACUAGAAUCUAUAAAAAAGAGAACCGAACAAAUAAAAAAAUCAAAUGCUGUA